AUGAAGCGGCGCCAAGAUGAAGGCGGCCGAAUUGUGGACAAAAUACGCCAGUAUGGAGUCUGGGCGGUGGCCGCCCUGGUCCUCAUUCCAGCACAGCUCCUGAUACUGGCAGCGAUAGCUGUGGGAUUCUUGUACAUUUGCAUCAUAGGGGCCCGGAAGCUGGGUGUACGGCUCCGUGGCGGGGAAUGA